AUGGAUGCUUCAUCUCCCUUUAACUCGUCUGCCGACUACAGUACCGGCGUUUAUGACGUGUUCGGGCGAAGGAACAGCGUUGAUGACAUCGACUACUUUAUCCUCGAUGAUGCCGAGAAGAAGAUUGUCGAUGAACAGCCCCAUCUACCUUCGGAAUCCCAAUCCUGCAAUCGAGGAGCUAAUGCUCCAGGCUCGGACUGUGAUAGUGCCAGCCAAAGCUGUAUUUCCAGCCCCAAACCCAUUUAUAAAGACACAGAGAUGGGGGCUCCAGAAGACACUAAACCCGGUAUGAAGACAGAUGACGGAUCCAAGGAGGUUCUGAACACGGGUGACAGAAUCGAUGCAGCGCUCGUGAGAUUCCAGCGCCCGGCUGUGAAGGCAUACCGGCGGCGCAUAUACUCCAACUAUGACUCCGAAGGAGAAAGCGAAGUUGACGAGCUUUAUCCUUCCGACGAUGAGGAUUCUGCCGCGGCAGACUCAUCCAUAGGAAUGUCCGAUAACGAAGAACGAGAGGACAUUGCGAAUAUUGCUUCGCCGGCAACGCAGCCUCGGAUAGUGCACAUCAGGUAUAUCACUCGUCCGGAUGGAGGGUCCACGCCGGUUCAGUAUCAGCUACCUCCAACGAAUAUCCCGGCCAAAAGGGCACCCCCGUCAUCUGGCUCCGGCUCGGGCCACAAAGGAACAGGACGUCACGUUACAACGGACAAGGAUACAGACCAUGGCAGACCCAUCAAGACUGACGGGAAAUUUGCGUGCCCGGCUCCCGACUGUCCGUGGACAUCCGAUUCGCCGAAGGACAUGCAGAGGCAUUACCGACGGCAUAUGGAAAAGCAAUACCAAUGUCCGUAUUGCUUGCAUAGACUGAGCCGAGACGACUCCCUCCGCCGUCAUCUCCGCGCCCGCACGAUGGCCUCGUGCCGGACUUUCGUGUACGAGAAGUACAAGGUGAAUAGCCUCGACGACGUGGAUAUGCAGCGCUUCAAAGUGUAUCCGGACACGGAGCUCCCAGAGUUCUCCAGUGGAAACCCGGAGCCUGCUGGAGUCUCUCGGCCCGUCGGCAACCGGUGA